CUAAGAGUACCCCACAGGCAGCAGUAAUUUGCACACGACCCUGAAACGCGCUCGUCCUUGCCGCGUCCCAAGAGCGGGCCUCGAGUGCCUACGGUGCGCCGAACGAGCUAGACAUGCAUCGGCGCAGUCUGUACCACCCUAUCAGAGAAGCGCCCUGUAUUCGCCAACCCUGGGUAGCUGCAAGCUUGUUGUAGUGGGAAGACGCAGGACAUAGCUGCCCUGGCUGAGCGUGUGCACAUGGGCUUGCGUUGAUUGAGGACGCGGGGAUUGCAGCGUCAUUGGGAGGACGAGGAUACGCUUGCAUUGGACGAACAGGCAUGGGAUGUGCUUGGGGGCAUCACGGAGGAGAAGGGCCUGCGUGUGUUAACUAGACACAUCGUGGAUAUGCUCGCAUGUGGUGGAGCGGAGAAGGGUGCGCCGGUACAAAGCAGCGAGAUGAGCAGGUCAAGCUCACGUCACGCAUUGGGGCAGAAAGCCGAAGCUGGGUUCGUCUUUGAGGCAUGCAUAAAACCCGCACAAACACGACGAAGCGCACGCGUACUAUCGGAUAGUUUGGUUGCUCACGAUGACCCGCAUUGGCUCACCACCUCCCGCCUGCUUGGGUACAGUCGCUCUCAGUGCAGCGCUCCAAGGUACACGCUCGGGAACGGAGACAAAAUCGCACCUUCUUCGCAUGGUUGGGAAACAUAUCGAUGGUGCUGCUGGCAGCUACCCGCAUAUGGGGGUAACGGCUGCAAAGAUUUUCCACGAUGGCUGGCAACAACCACGAUGCGGUUUCCUUCAACCCUGACUGGUUCCGAAAACGCACGUCGUCGCUACAUCAUAGCAUUUGAACUUUAUCACGGUACUCUACGCGGAAUUCUACGAGCCGAUCCCUCUGGACAUACUUCCCCAGCCGUUUCCAAACAUGAUUACCCACUGAUGAUUCGAGCUACAUUCCUUACUGUACCGGCCCUCAUGGAACGCGCAUACGUUGACUAUCUCCUCGCAAUCAUUACGGAGCACAGAGAUUGACUUCGAGUCUUGCACUUGCUAUCUCAUUGCUAUUUUCCUGCACCGGUACCCUCAAAAGCUGUCCCCAAUGGAGAAGCUCAACUCCACUCUAAUGCAUGAAACCAGACGACACGCUCGAAAUUCCUGCUCUUC